AGACCCUUCUCUUUUAUUGUGAAGGCCUUUGCCGGAAAUGCUUAGUGUUUCCUCACUGUCGUUUCUUCCUGUUUGUGUUUCGUGCGAUAUCGUCCCACAUUGCUGUGGAAGUUUUCUGUGUUCUCUGUAGAAAGGUGACGAGACACACGGGAACUGUUGCUGGAAAAAUGUGACCGUUUUUGUUGAAAGGAUGAGCGAUUGUCGCGCGGACACCGUCGGUGGGGAUAACUGGCGGAGACGUACAAGGAGUGCGCGAGCGUGCUGCAGACAAACCACCGAAGCGGGAGUUGACGAGUCCAGCGUGCUUCGGUGUCUGAACGUGGGAAACACGGAAGAGGACCAUGACAUGGAGGAGGACACCAUCCUCCUCAAGCAGGACGGCCUGGAGCAGAAGGUCAUGGCGCCCCGCUAUAGUCUGCUGCGGGAGGUGGGAAGGGGAACGUACGGCGUGGUGUACGAAGCUCUGGCCCGGAGAUCGGGUGCUAAAGUUGCUGUAAAGAAACUGCGGUGCGACGCGCCGGAGAACGUGGAGCUCGCCCUGCAGGAGUUCUGGGCGCUAGCAAGUCUAGAAAAAAGGCAUCAAAAUGUUGUUCAUCUAGAGGAGUGCGUGCUGCAGAGGAACGGUAUGGCACAGAAAAUGAGUCAUGGAAACAAACUGUCCAAGCAGUACCUGCGCCUGGUGGAGACAUCAUUAAAAGGUGAGAGAGUGCUUGGCCCCCCAGAGGAACCUUGUUACCUGUGGUUCGUCAUGGAGUUCUGCGAAGGAGGAGACCUCAACCAGUUCAUCUUAUCUCGGCGACCCAACCCACGAACAAACAGCAGCUUCAUGCUCCAACUAACAAGUGCUGUUGCUUUCCUGCACGAAAACAAUAUUGUUCAUCGAGAUCUCAAACCUGACAACAUCCUAAUUUCAGAGAAAUCAGGGACUCCAGUUCUGAAGGUAGCAGACUUUGGCUUGAGUAAAGUUUGCGCUGGUUUAGGAAACACCAGUGAGGGAAAAGACUGUGAAGACAAGAACAAAAACGUCAACCUCAACAAGUUUUGGUUGUCGUCUGCUUGUGGCUCAGACUUCUAUAUGGCUCCUGAGGUGUGGGAGGGCCACUACACAGCCAAGGCUGACAUAUUUGCCCUGGGCAUCAUCAUCUGGGCCAUGCUGGAGAGAAUUACUUUUAUUGAUUCUGAGUCUAAGAGGGAGCUAUUGGGUACCUAUGUGCGACAGGGAGGUGACAUUAUGCCUGUUGGUGAGGCACUUCUCGAGAAUCCAAAGAUGGUACUGAGCAUCCCACAGAAACGCAGGUCAUGUAUGUCAGAUGGAGUGAAAAAGCUGCUUCAGGACAUGCUCGCUGUCAACCCUCAGGACCGACCAGAUGCUUUUGAGCUGCAAGCCAGAAUGGACCAAGUUAUGUGUACUACAUGACCCUCAGCCAUACUGUUCUACAGAUGUGUGUUGCUGUCCAAAGCUGGUGCGUCUGCCUUCAUUCAACCUGAAGACUGUGAAGAUAAAGAAGUAAAGAGCAGUUUCUCCUGUAAUGUAGAUGGUGAAAUGGGAUCAUAAUUCUUUUGCUUGUUAGAUUAAAUUCAUUUGCCAGUGCUACUGAUAAAUGAUUUGUUUCAUCUUCACGAUGGGAAUAGAUGGAAUGGAUAAAAGAGAUGCAGCAACAUUUUCAUUUCACACUUGACUUUAAAUGGCGACACUUUGGUCGCCAGCCUGGAACUCUGAUGAUAUUUAAUGAAAACACUGUGAUGUAAGAUAAAAACUGCUGCUGGAAAAUUUUCACUUGAUGCGGUGGAGCGUGUGUGUGAAUUUUUUCGUUUUGUUUUGGGGGUGUUUUUUUUUUUUUUUUCUCUCUAAAAAGUGACAGCUUUCUGAUCUUAGGACAUGAUAGAAAAGCAUGUCAGCUGCUUUUUUUUUUUUUUUCUCUGUUGGGUUUAAAUUCUAGAAUUAAGUAAUAAUAGCUGGUAAACUCUGUUAGCCUCUGUAAUAAUUCCAGAUGUUUUAAGCCUGAAUUUGUGUUGUGGUCCCAUUUGCCAUCUUUCCAAGCUGCUUGUAGGCUGUCUUGCAGGCCAAGGUGUCAGUCCAAGCUGACAAAAUUUACUAAUCAUUUAAUCUACAAUGUGCUUGUCCAUCACAAUCCACGACAAUCAGAUCUACUCAGCUGAAGGUAAAAGGGUGUAUCUUCACAUUUGGGAAGUGGGACCUAUUCAUUACACUCCACCCCCUCCUGGUCACUACUGCAUGCUUUCUUACUGCAGAUUGCACCACCUAUACAACAUUUUGGCUUCUUUUUUGAAUAUCUCUCAUUGAAGUUGAACUUUAGUGACACAUCACCGCUCCAUGUGUCAUACCUUUAAAUUCAAAUUUGCACCAGCUGCUUCACCAGCUUUGAUUUUGCAUGCAACUACAUGAUCCAGGGUAUAUGGGCCUUGAUAAUUUAGCUUCUUCAGUAUUUAAUUGUAAUUAUAGAAAAGGGAACCAUGAAUGUAAUUUUACCCAAAUAAGUUUUCCAUUAAUUUCAAAUGAGAUGGUGACUCAGCAGUUUGUUUUUUUCUGUUCUUGGAGCUUUUGGCAUGCAAAGUCACAUUUUUACUGGGAACUGCAGUUGUGCUGUUUGAGCAAAGAAGCAAAGCUGCUGAUGUCUUUCAAAUUUUAUGCAGUUUAGUUGUGCCUGGUAUCAAAUGUUUGAAUGAUUGCAUUUGUAAGCAGAGGGAGAUGUUAGUGCAAUGACCCCCAGCUCAAUAUUUUGGAUUCAGUUGGCUGCAGAGUUGCACUGAGCCAACUAAAAGUUGUCUUUGUAAUCGUGCUACCUCCUGUUUCCCCUUUUUCAUUGAGCCAUUCCUCACACAUUCUGGGUAGAUUUCAUUUUUGCUUCCACUCAUCAAUGUCUGUUCUAAUUUUCCUUGAUGGCAUGUUUAAAAAGAUUUGCAUUACAAGAACAUCACAUAGGUUUUGAAAAAUCUGCUGCUGCCUUGUUUCUCCUUUUGUUCAGUGUGUUUAAAAAUUAAAAAUAACAAAACCCUUAUUAACACUGACAGAGAUGAUUAAAUUUAUUUAGCCCCGGAUAGGUCAUGAAGCUCUUAAAACAAAUGUUAAUUUCCUGACCUUCUGUGAUGAACAUACCUCAGCUCACCUCCUUUGUUUUAUUGUUUUUUUUAAUGUUUUAUUGAUAAACUGGAGAUGAGUUAAUUUGAAGAGGGAAACUUGAAAUGACUGUUUUGUUGUUGUUGUUGUUUGUUUUUUAAAUCAAGACUUCUGAUCUAUUGUUUGAUUCAAAUGACUCUUCUUAAAAUAUUAUCCAUAUACAUUCUGCUCCCGCCUUGUGCUUUCUUUUGCUGUUCAGGUUAUGGAACUAUUACGCCUGUCUAAACUUCAGUGACUGAGUCACUUGUUUUCUAUGCAAUCCAGCCCUGGCUAAUUUGGUUGUAGCCCUUUGCUUCACAUCUCUACAAAUUGAACACUCUACAAAUCAUUGAACACAAUGAGGUCCAGAGUUUAAGUGGCUGACCCUUUGCAGCAGUCCUUCGUUCUGCCUUUGACUGCUAAAGCCAUUUGAAUAAAUGGAAAUGUUUGUGGGGUUUUUUUGUGUUUUUGUUUUUUUUAUUGCCAACUACAUAAAGGAACUGUUUUAAUAAAGGUUGGAAAUGCCUCUA